UUUCAGGAAGAGUUGCUUGAUAAGCUAAAUGAACUUAGGAAAGACAAUACUCUCUGCGAUGUGACGCUUCAAACCGAGGGGGAAAACUUUUCUGCACACCGAUGUGUUCUUUCAGCUGCAAGCCCGUACUUCCGUUCUGUAUUUACCAGCGGGUUUAAGGAAAACAAAGACUCCGUUGUUGUGUUGCAAGACACUAAACCUGGGGUAUUAAGCGAAGCCCUUCGGUUCAUUUACACAGGUGAGGCACUGGUGAACGCCAUUAACGCGCAUGAUUUGGUCAAGAUAGCAGACUACCUUCUUAUUCCACUCUUGAAGACGAAGGUGUCGGAAUAUUUAGAAGAAUGCAUUGAUGCAACGAACUGCCUUGCACUGGAAUCAUUUGCAGAUCAGUAUGGUUGCGAGUCGUUAAAACAGGCAGCGUCUGAGUUUAAACUACAAAACUUUAUUUCUGUAGUUAAAUCAGAGGAUUUUAAGACGUUGAACUUUGAUAAAAUCAAAGAAAUGAUAUCACGUGAUGAAAUAAUUGUUGCAAGGGAAGAAGAUGUAUACGAAGCAAUUGUUUCGUGGGUGAAGCACGAUCUUAUGUCAAGGGAAUGUUUUCUUUCACAGUUAUUAAAAUGCCUAAGAUUAUUCUCAAUAUCAAAGUACAGUUUACAGCAGAUGCUGAAGGAAGAAUUGGUUCUAAAAAGCAGGACUUGUCUAAGUAUUUUACUUGAAGGAUUGGACUUUUUCUUCUCUCCUGAUCGUUUCUUGGGUAUGUCUCUCAAGCCACGUACCUGUUUAAGCACUGUGGAGUCUGCCAUAAUUCUCACAGGGGGACACCGUUCAAUGAAGGAAAGCAACCAGAACACUUACUGUUUCUUGCCAUCAAAAAAUCAUUGGCUUUCACUCGCUGAGAUGCCAUUUCCUCGUACUCGUCAUGGGGCGGCAGUAUGCUGUGGACAGUUAUAUGUUGUAGGUGGGAUGCGAGAAGAAGUGGCCUGCUCUUAUGAUCCAAUACAAAACAAAUGGACUGUUAUUGAGGCAAAUACCUCUAUCCGUCAGCACUGCUCUGUCGUUGCUCUUAAUGAAGAGUUAUACGUGACAGGUGGUGAUCAGUACUGGAACAGGGUUGAUAAAUAUAUUCCCAUCCUGGCUGAAUGGAAAGAAGUCUCAUCGAUGAAGAUUGGUCGGGGUGCACACUGUGCAAUUAUUUUGGGAAACCUUAUUUAUGUCCUUGGUGGUAUGGACUCAAGCAUUUGUCAUAACAGCAUUGAAUGCUUUGAUCCCUUAACUAAUCACUGGAGUGAGGGGCCAAGUAUGAAUAUUGCAAGACAGUUUGCUUGUGCAGCUGUUUCCUGUGGAAAAAUUUUUGUUGCUGGAGGGUACAGUGACAAGGCAUUCACAGCUACAGAGGCAAGUUGUGAAAUGUUCGACCCUGUACAAGACCAGUGGAGCCUGGUGUCUAGUCUAAUUGUUCCUCGAGCAGCGUGUGCUAUGGUCAGUUUUGAUAAUCACCUGUAUCUAUUUGGUGGAGAAGAUCGUACUCAGGUCAAAUAUGACAGUGUUGAGUGUUAUGAUGUCAAAAACAACAAAUGGGAGCAUUGUGGUACCAUGCCAGAAAAGCUUGUCUGUGUUCAAGCUUCACUGCUAUUGUUGCCAAAAAAAUACAUAAAUGAUUUAGACACAUUUGAAACACCUUGUUGAACAGUAUUUAAAAGCUUUUCUUCAACUUUAUCACUUAGCUUAGAUUUUACCAUCUUGUUUUUAAAGUNUUACUGUUUCUUGCCAUCAAAAAAUCAUUGGCUUUCACUCCCUGAGAUGCCAUUUCCUCGUACUCGUCAUGGGGCGGCAGUAUGCUGUGGACAGUUAUAUGUUGUAGGUGGGAUGCGAGAAGAAGUGGCCUGCUCUUAUGAUCCAAUACAAAACAAAUGGACUGUUAUUGAGGCAAAUACCUCUAUCCGUCAGCACUGCUCUGUCGUUGCUCUUAAUGAAGAGUUAUACGUGACAGGUGGUGAUCAGUACUGGAACAGGGUUGAUAAAUAUAUUCCCAUCCUGGCUGAAUGGAAAGAAGUCUCAUCGAUGAAGAUUGGUCGGGGUGCACACUGUGCAAUUAUUUUGGGAAACCUUAUUUAUGUCCUUGGUGGUAUGGACUCAAGCAUUUGUCAUAACAGCAUUGAAUGCUUUGAUCCCUUAACUAAUCACUGGAGUGAGGGGCCAAGUAUGAAUAUUGCAAGACAGUUUGCUUGUGCAGCUGUUUCCUGUGGAAAAAUUUUUGUUGCUGGAGGGUACAGUGACAAGGCAUUCACAGCUACAGAGGCAAGUUGUGAAAUGUUCGACCCUGUACAAGACCAGUGGAGCCUGGUGUCUAGUCUAAUUGUUCCUCGAGCAGCGUGUGCUAUGGUCAGUUUUGAUAAUCACCUGUAUCUAUUUGGUGGAGAAGAUCGUACUCAGGUCAAAUAUGACAGUGUUGAGUGUUAUGAUGUCAAAAACAACAAAUGGGAGCAUUGUGGUACCAUGCCAGAAAAGCUUGUCUGUGUUCAAGCUUCACUGCUAUUGUUGCCAAAAAAAUACAUAAAUGAUUUAGACACAUUUGAAACACCUUGUUGAACAGUAUUUAAAAGCUUUUCUUCAACUUUAUCACUUAGCUUAGAUUUUACCAUCUUGUUUUUAAAGUACAAGAGGAGGCAAUGUAAAUGCUAAGUAAUAAACAAGUAAACUGUAAAUACUUAGCUUCUUUCAUAAAUAUGAAUCAAUCUUAAGUACCGGUAUAUUUUACUGAUUUACAGAGAAGCAUUGAAAGUAUUAAACAGUGUCUUUAACAGUACAGUUGGAGUUCUUUGUCUUGUACUUUCUUGUAGUUCCUGAAUUUAUACCUCAUGAUAUCACACAUGAGCCAAUUUUUUGAUCAGUGGAACGGGUACCAAAAAAACCAUAGACUUUGAAUUUUUGUCUAAACGUAAUUUUUUUUAAAAUAAAUUCUUGAAGAAACGUAUUCUUUAAGUUAAUAUAAUAAAAUUAUUUACGUUGCAAGCACUUUGAAAAUAUUGGCAUCCUGAGCACGCUUUUUAAGUACCAAAAUCUUCAAACACUCUUAAACGAGACGCCAAGUAUCCCCGCCCAUUUCUAUGGGAGUUCCCAGUCCCACGGGGCUAUAAAAGUGGAAAACUGAAUACAAUAGUUCCUUUUAAAAAUAAGCGCCAAUGCUCUCUUAUUUGCACCUUCCCUUUCCACCCUCCCCCCCCCUAAUAUUAUCCAUUUUCACAAGCGCAGUAUGCACAUUCUUCAAUUUCAGCUCAAACGACUGAUCGGGGUUUCCCUGGUCCCCUCUCUUCUGUCUAAGAGAAAAGGCUGUAGUCUGCUCCACAGCGCACAGCUGGACUAAGAAGACUGGGACUAGCAAAAAAGGGCAUCUUUCGUGAAAUCCAAAAUGGCGGCAAUAACAGAGGCGGAAAGCGUGAGAGAAGAACUGGUAUUUAACCAGGAUUUUAAGGAAAAAUUACUUUUCAAGUUACACGAACUUAGAAAAGACAACUUUCUUUGUGAUGUAACGCUUCGAAUCGAAGGGAAAGACUUCGCAGCACAUCGUGUGUUCUCUCAGCUGCAAGCCCAUACUUCCGAUCUCUCUUUACCAGUGGGUUUAGAGAAAAUCUAGACAGUGUUGUGGAGUUGCAAGAGAUAAAAACUACCACGAUGGACCAAGUUCUUCGUUUUAUUUACACCGGCGAAACUCUAAUAAAUGCCAGUAACGCUCAAGAUCUGCUUAGGACAGCAGACUAUUUGCUCAUCCCCAGCUUGAAGUCGACAGUGUCUGCUUACUUGAAAAAAGCUAUUGAUGCCUCAAAUUGCUUAGCACUGGAAUCGCUUGCAGUUGAGUUCAGUUGUGAAUCGCUACACGAGGCUGCAGUUGCUUUUAAGCUUCAAAAUUUCGUAUCUGUCGUGAAAUCGGAUGAUUUUAAAAGGCUUGAUUUCGAAAGAAUCAAGGAAAUGGUAACACACGACGAGAUAGUUGUUUCCAAGGAGGAAGAUGUUUAUGAAGCAGUUCUCUCGUGGGUGAAACAUGAUGUUCCGUCAAGAGAAAGCGUCUUUCCGGAAUUGCUUAAAUGUUUAAGAUUGUUCUCGAUGUCAAAGUACAGUCUGCGAGAAAUUUUAAAGGAAGAACUGAUCAUCAAAAGCAGGACUUGUACAAGCAUUUUACAUGAUGGACUUGAUUUCUAUUUAUUUCCAGAUAGUUUCCAAGGAAUGUCUCUUAAAACGCGCACAUGCUUAAACACCACUGAACCGGUCAUAAUUCUCACUGGGGGACACAAGAGCAGUGCAACUUACAGAACUAGUUGUUUUGUACUGUCUAAAAACCAGUGGGCAUCCCUACCCUCUAUGCCAGGUUCUCGUACACGCCAUGGGUCUGCAGUUUGUUGUGGGCAGUUGUAUGUAGUUGGCGGUAAGCCAACAACGACAAUGUGCUGUUUUGAUCCAAAACAGAACAUUUGGACUUCUGACAACAGGGUACCAAUGCCAAAGGAGCGUAUGGGUUGUUCUGUCACUGCCCUAAAUGAAAAGCUGUAUGUGACAGGUGGAAAAGAUAACAUGAAAAGAGUUGAUAAAUUUGAUCCCCACCUUCAUGAAUGGAGUGAAGUUGCAUCAAUGAAAAUUGGCCGUUAUGCACACUGUGCAGUUGUAGUUGGAAAUCUUAUCUAUGUUCUUGGUGGUUCUGAUGGUGUAAUUUGCCAUGACAGUAUGGAGUGUUUUGAUUCAUCAACUAAUCAGUGGACUGACAAAAGGCACAUGAAUGCUAAGCGCAAAUACCCCAGUGCAGCUACUUCUUGUGGAAAAAUUUUUGUUGUUGGAGGAUAUGGUGACAUGGACUUCCAAACUUUAGAGGGAAGUUGUGAAGUGUUUGACCCUACUGUCAGCCAGUGGAGUCUGCUGUCUAGACCACUUAUGCCUCGAGCUGCAAGUGCUCUAGUUAGUUUUGACCAUUAUCUCUAUUUGUUUGGUGGAGAAGAUAAAGCUAAUGAGCAAAAACUUGACACAGUUGAAUGUUAUGACAUCAAAAAUGACAAAUGGGAACUAAUUGGUACCAUGCCUGAAAAGCUUGCCUGCCUUCAAGCUUCCAUGUUACUGUUCCCAAAAAAAUAUAUACAAUAAAGUAAAGAAGACCAGAAUUUAUUCUAAUAUUCCUUGGUGGUUGUGGUUUUAGUGUUUGUCAUAUAUAGCAAAUGAAUGCAUAGUUGCGUCAAUGAGGACUAACAGGUCAAGUGUAAAUUUCAUACACAAGAGUUGCUGAUUCACUUGUUUCUGUUGGAAAAAUUUUUGUUACUGGAGGAUAAAAUGACAGAGAAUGCAGGCAAGUUGUAGAAUGUUUGGCCCUCUACAAGGGCAAUGGAGCCUGGUGGCUAGCCUUACUUGUGCAUUGAACCACAUGUACUCUGGUUAGUUUUGAUAAUGACCUGUACGUCCUUUUGAGGGGAGAAGAUGGUUGCAAGGCCAAACUUGACAGUGUUGAGUGUGAUGAUGUCCAAAAUGGCAAAAUAUGGGACCUAUAUGGUACCAUACAUGCCUAGAAAGCUUGCUUGUGUCUAAGCUUCACUGAUGUUAGUGAAACACAGUAGUACUACUACUGUCUUUUUAUUAUAUCCAACUGUUUAUAGUUUUUGUCUUCUAAAGACCAUUUGUAUUUUAGAUGUUCUGUUUGAUAAUGCCAUACCAAUAAAGAAAGAUGCAGCAUAAAGCACAUCAUAGUAGUGUGUACCACUGCGAAAACAGAUAUGCUUUGUUGAACAGUAAAGUUUAUCACUGAGCUUAAAAAAUUACCAUCUUGUUUUUAUUAGUACUAGUAUAGAGGCAAAAUAAAUGCAACAGUUAAACUGUAAUUGCAAUUAUUGUAAUUUGAUUAAACCAGCAGGGACUGACACAAGUAUGAAUGAAUACACCAGUAGCUCAGAUAAUGGGCAUUUUCAAUCUUAAUGUAAAGUAUAUUGUUUCUGAUUUACUAGUAUGUCAUUAAAUCAGUGAAACUAUUAAACAGUGCCUUCAACAGUGGUUGGAAUUCUUUCAUUGUAUACCUUUGUCUCGUACUACAGGCAUUUUGAAUGUUAAUAACUUUUAUUUUUCCUGUUUAUCACUUGCAAUCCAUGAUUGGCUGAUUUACAUGGAUACAGCUCGGCAUACCAAAUGCCAGUUAGCUGAUACCUGGAGGGCGGGGUGGGGGGAAUACUUUCACAUGAAGAGGGUGUGGAGCUCCAAUUUUCUGAUGAAAGUCCCUUAAGGAUACUAAUCUGGGUGUGGCUUAAGAUUUAUAUGACGCCUAAAAGAUACCAUUCUAAAACUGGCAGCUAAAUAAUAGCUUUUUUAUUCUGAUGAAGAAGUUUUCAUUGAAUUCUUUCUUAUUUCUUUCUAUCUUACAUCUGCUUUCUUUACUCCUUGAAGCAGAGCCUUAUGCCAUGCCUGUGUGCCCUAAGUGCCCAUAACGUAAGAAUGUUUUUUAAUGUUAUUAUUGAAGUACACAUAACUGCGAGAACUUUUGCAAAAAAUUCCGAUUUGAACACAAUGUAAUUUUUAAGAAUUUUAUGUGCCGUCUUCUUUUGGAAGCCUCUAAGAAACAAAAAAGUUGAGACGUAGACUACCAACUGAACUAUGACGUAUAUCAAGGCACGGUGAAUUAAGAUACAAGUGAAGUAAGCAAGUGUGGAGUUAUGGCAAUAAUUCCUUCAAUUCACAAACUGAAACGGCCGUUAAGAGGUAAAAUAUGUCAGUAAGAUGUGUGACUGUUAGAUGAAACAACUCUGGCGACCCUAAGAGAGGGAUAAGCAUUAUUAGUUCCCGAAUUUGUCUUAUGAAGUCACAUACGAGCCAAUUUCGUGAUCAGCGGACCAAAAAACUUAGAAUUUUGGUCAAAACGCAAACUUUUUGCGAAGACGUCCUUGUAGAGAUGUGUUCUUUAAGUUAACGUAAUAAAACUAUAAGGCACUUUGAAAAUAUUGGCAUUCUGUCCUGCAUGAACACCCUGUGAUAUCAAAUCUUCAAACACUCUCCACGAUACAUCAAGUAUCCCCGCCCGUUUAUAUGCGGGAGUUCCCAGCCCCACGGAGACCUUACAAUUGACUACAAAAGUGGUAAACCGAAUACAGUAGUUCCUUUCAAAAUAAGCACCAAAGCUCUCUUGUAUGCACCUCCCCUCCCCAAAUAAUUAAUGACAACUGUCUAAGAGAGAAGACUGGGACUAGCAUAAAAGGGCAUCGUUCAAGAAAUCCAAGAUGGCGGCAAAGAUAGAGCCUACCAGAAAGGCGGAAAGCGUAAGAGAAGAACUAGUAUUUAACCAGGAUUUUAAGGAAAAGUUACUUUUCAAGUUAAACGAACUUAGAAAAGAUAAGGUUCUUUGUGAUGUAACACUUCGAAUCGAAGGGCAGGACUUCGCUGCACAUCGGUGUGUUCUCUCAGCUGCAAGCCCAUACUUCCGAUCUCUCUUUACCAGUGGGUUUAGAGAAAAUCUAGACAGCGUUGUGGAAUUGCAAGAGAUAAAAACUACCACAAUGGACCAAGCUCUUCGUUUUAUUUACACUGGUGAAGCUUUGGUAAAUGCCAGUAACGCUCAAGAUCUGCUUAGGACAGCGGACUAUCUGAUCAUUCCGAGCUUGAAGGCUAAAGUCUCAGAUUACUUAAAGGAUACUAUUCAUGCCUCAAAUUGCCUAGAAAUGGAAUCGCUUGCUAUUCAGUACGGUUGCAAAUCACUUACAGAGGCUGCAGCUGCUUAUAAGCUUCAGAAUUUCGUGUCUGUCGUGGAAGCGGAUGAUUUUAAAGCUCUCAAUUUUGAACGAAUAAAGGAACUUGUGUUGCAUGACGAUAUAAUCGUUUCGAAGGAAGAAGAAGUCUACGAAGCUGUUGUCACGUGGGUGAAGCAUGAUGUUUCAUCAAGGGAGAAACUCUUUCCUGAGUUACUAAAAUGCUUGAGAUUUUUCUCGAUGUCAAAGAGUGGAAUUGCGGAAAUUGCAAAAGAAGAACUGGUCAUGAAAAGUAGGACUUGUGCAAGUAUCAUAUUUGAAGCAAUUAAUUUUUUUUUCUUUCCAGAUAGUUUCCUAAGCACGAGACUUACACCACGAACAUGCUUAAGAAUGAAUGAAUUGGCUGUAAUUAUUACUGGGGGGCAUGAUGCUAACGUGUCCAAUAAUGCCUAUUGUUUUCUGCUGUCCCAUAAUCAAUGGGCAUCCCUACCCUCUAUGCCAUUCUCUCGUACACGUCAUGGGGCUGCAGUGUGUUGUGGUCAGUUGUAUGUAGUUGGUGGCGAGGCAUCUCACCCAAUGUGCACCUAUAAUCCCAACCAAAACAAGUGGUUUCCAACUGAAACAACAGCACCAAUUCGUCAACAUUGUUCAGUUACCUCUCUUCAUGGAAACCUUUAUGUGAUAGGUGGCGACAAGCAUUUGAACAGAGUCGACAAAUAUGAUCCCGGACUUGAUGAAUGGAAGGAAGUUGCCUCAAUGAAAACUUCACGCGCGUCUCACUGUGCUGUUGUUGUGGAAAACCUUAUCUAUGUCCUUGGUGGUUGUGAUAACAAUGUUUGUCAUAAAAGCAUUGAAUGUUUUAAUGCAUCAACUAAUCAUUGGGCUGACAGACCAAGUAUGAAUGUUGCACGACAAUUUGCUGGUGCAGCUGUUUUGUGUGGAAAAAUUUUCAUUGCUGGAGGAUAUAGUGACACACAAUUCAUAAGUGUAGAGGGAAGCUGUGAAAUGUUUGACCCUGUACAAGACCAAUGGAGCCUGGUGUCUAGUCCAGUUGUGCCUCGAGCAGCAUGUGCUAUGGUCAGUUUUGAUAAUCACCUGUAUCUGUUUGGGGGAGAAGAUCGUACUUAUUGCAAAUAUGACAGUGUUGAGUGUUACGAU